CAGUUGGGGCCAAAUUUUGCUGCAGACAGAAAAAGGAAUCAUGCCAGCUGCUAAGAAUGGAGGUAUGAGGCUUCGCUGCUCGAGCAUUCGCUUUGUUAUCUGGCCCUUGUUUUGUGCUAGAGCUAGUAUAAGAGGGAAAAAACAACUAUUAAUUGUUUUGAUAGAUAUAAAGCGCAAGUCGGAGGACACUAGUGACCUCUCACCCAAAAGAAUAAAGGCCUCCGAGUCCCCUGAGGAAUCGAAGAAACCGAAGGCGCUGUUCAGGGAAUGUACGUACAUUUUGCCUAGGCCACUCGAGUGGAAACUUCUAGUUGGCCGGGUGAAUAUCUAUUGACGUGAGAUGCCUGCGCAGCCAACGCUGUCCUUGAAGAGCGCAAUGGCGACAUCGAAUUCCGUGUUGUCAACAAUGACAACUCGAGAGAGAGCACAAUCAUAUUGACCGGCCUUAAGAACAUCUUCCAGAAACAGCUCCCAAAGAUGCCCAGGGACUACAUUGCAAGACUGGUCUACGAUCGCACGCAUCUGUCCAUGGCUAUCGUCAAGAAACCAUUGGAAGUUGUCGGGUAUAGCGCUUGAUCGCUCGGGAGAUCUUCGUAGACUCAUGGAUCUGAUUGGUGUUGUUAGUGGUAUCACAUAUCGGCCUUUCAAAGGUAGACAGUUUGCGGAAAUCGUGUUCUGCGCUAUCUCGUCCGAUCAGCAAGUGAGGGGAUAUGGUGCCCAUCUCAUGUCCCAUUUGAAGGUAUUGGGGGAGAUGUUUUGCUUGACCGUUUUCGCGGAUAAUAUAUCUAACGUGUAGCUGUUUAGGACUAUGUCAAAGCUACCUCGGAUGUGAUGCACUUUCUCACCUAUGCCGACAAUUAUGCCAUCGGGUACUUUAAGAAACAGGGAUUCACCAAAGAGAUUACUCUUGACAAGCACAAAUGGAUGGGGUACAUCAAGGACUAUGAAGGCGGAACUAUUAUGCAGUGCUCCAUGAUCCCUCGAGUCCGGUAUCUGGAGGGGGGAAGGAUGUUAGCGAAACAGAAGGAAGCCGUUCAUUUGAAGACGAGAUCCAUCUCAAAGUCUCACAUUAUUCACCUCCCUCCAAAAGCCUUCAAGAACGGGAUAUGCAAAAUCGACCCAAAUUCCAUCGUGGCUAUCAGUAAGUUCCGGCUUGGCUGCCUUUAUCUAACUUAUCCCUAGCACGCGUCCCACCUACUUGUACAUACGCCUUUUACACACGCACCCACUCCCAACUCCCACACACUUUUCUUUUUUUUAUUCUUUUUUUACAACGAUAGCACUGGUGGGUUCUGCAUAUCUACGAGAAUUAGAAGUGUGAUAGUGCUGCGCUGCCUCCGGUAGCCACUGGUUGGUUAUUCGGAUUUAAACAGCUCGUUUAAUGGUCCCCACCGACACAUCCUCUGGUUUCCGCAGACGUUUCCCCCAUUUUUUGCACCUUGCCCGGAUGGGGUGUGGAGGAAUUCGCUAACUUUAUCCUCCUCGAACGGCGCAGAGGAAGCGGGGUGGUCGCCCGAAAUGGAUGAGCUCGCUCGGCAGCCAAAACACGGGCCGCAUUACGGACAGCUUCUCCAUAUCCUCAACGAGAUGCAAAACCACCAGGCCUCGUGGCCAUUCCAAAAGCCCGUCAGUCAGGACGAAGUCCCGGACUACUACAAUGUAAUCACGGAGCCGAUGGAUCUCGAGACCAUGGAGAGGAGGCUUGAGGAGGACAUAUACGCAUCGCCCGAGGACUUUGUCCGCGAUGCCAAGCUAAUCUUCACCAAUUGCCGACGCUACAACAACGAGAGCACAUCGUAUUGGAAAAACGCGAACAAGCUUGAGAAGUUUAUGAAUUCCAAGUUGAAGGAGAUACCGGAGUGGUCGGUACGUGAUCCCCCG